GAUCAGCUGUUUACAAGUUUGUGUUUGCGUCUGCGUCUGACUCAGAGUGGAAAAUAUAUUUUUUCACAAUAUUACGGAAAAGUUGUAUCAUAAUGUCAGUCGAAAUGGCGCAUAGAAUGAAGGCUAUCAAAUGCCCAACGGAUGAGCUUUCACUGACGAAUAAAGCGAUCGUGAAUAUAGCAGAUUUCACCGAUGAAGUCAAAUAUGUCGACAUAUCACCAGGGCCGGGCCAACAUUACAUCUUUGCCUUGGAGAAGAUAACGGAUCUGCCACGUGGACAUGUUGGUUUCUCUCUGGUGCAACGGAAGUGGGCAACACUUUCCAUUAACCAGGAAAUUGAUGUACGACCCUAUCGUUUCGAUGUCAACUCGGAUAUCAUCACCAGCGUGUCCUUCGAGACGGAUUUUCUGCAGAAGAAGACGACAACCCAAGAGCCAUACGAUUCGGAUGAAAUGGCCAAAGAAUUCAUCAUGCAAUUCGCAGGCAUGGCCUUAACCGUGGGCCAGACACUGGUCUUUCAAUUCAAGGAUAAGAAAUUUCUGGGCUUGGCCGUUAAAACCCUGGAAGCAAUAGAUCCCCGAACUGUGGGCGAUGGCAAGGAGUCCAAGACGAGGAAUGUACGCUUUGGCCGCAUUCUGGGCAAUACGAUAGUGCAAUUCGAAAAGGCAGAGAAUUCAGUGCUCAAUCUGCAGGGCAGAUCCAAGGGCAAAAUUGUAAGGCAAUCGAUCAUAAAUCCGGACUGGGAUUUCGGCAAAAUGGGCAUUGGUGGCCUAGACAAGGAAUUCAAUGCCAUAUUUCGGCGAGCCUUUGCGUCUCGCGUCUUCCCUCCAGAACUUGUCGAGCAACUGGGCAUUAAGCAUGUCAAGGGCAUUCUUCUCUAUGGUCCACCCGGUACGGGUAAAACUCUGAUGGCGAGACAAAUCGGCACCAUGCUAAAUGCCCGCGAGCCAAAGAUAGUGAAUGGACCACAGAUUCUGGACAAAUAUGUGGGUGAAUCGGAGGCUAAUAUCAGAAGGCUUUUCGCCGAGGCGGAGGAGGAGGAAAAACGCCUGGGACCCAAUAGUGGCUUACACAUCAUCAUUUUCGAUGAGAUAGAUGCCAUCUGUAAGGCUCGUGGAUCUGUGGCAGGCAACAGUGGAGUCCAUGACACUGUGGUUAAUCAGCUCCUGGCCAAGAUCGAUGGCGUGGAGCAGUUAAAUAACAUUCUCGUCAUUGGCAUGACGAAUCGCAGAGACAUGAUCGAUGAAGCUCUACUUCGACCUGGCCGUUUGGAAGUCCAAAUGGAAAUUAGUCUACCCAACGAGCAGGGACGUGUCCAGAUCCUUAACAUACACACCAAACGGAUGCGAGAAUUUAAUAAAAUCGCCAGCGAUGUGGACAAUGCAGAGAUUGCUUCCAGAACCAAGAAUUUCAGUGGCGCCGAAUUGGAGGGUCUGGUACGUGCUGCUCAAUCCACAGCCAUGAAUCGGCUAAUUAAAGCCGAUUCCAAAGUCCAUGUGGAUCCCGAGGCCAUGGAAAAGCUAAAGGUAACCCGAUCGGACUUUCUACACGCCCUGGACAACGACAUAAAGCCGGCCUUUGGAGCUGCCCAGGAAAUGCUGGAGAAUAUGGUGGCACGAGGCAUCGUCAAUUGGGGUCCACCGGUUACAAGUCUUCUGGAAGAUGGCAUGCUCUAUGUCCAACAGGCCAAAGCCACUGAAAGUUCUGGCCUUGUCUCUGUUCUCAUCGAGGGUGCUCCCAAUUCAGGCAAAUCGGCGCUGGCCGCCAAUUUGGCCAAAAUGAGUGACUUUCCCUUUGUCAAGGUCUGCUCGCCCGAAGACAUGGUCGGCUUCACCGAAUCAGCUAAAUGUCUGCAUAUACGCAAAAUAUUCGAUGAUGCCUACCGAUCCACGCUUAGCUGCGUUGUGGUGGACAAUGUGGAACGCCUGCUCGACUAUGGAUCCAUUGGACCGCGCUACUCUAAUCUCACACUGCAAGCCCUUUUGGUGCUUCUCAAAAAACAACCGCCCAAGGGACGUAAAUUGCUAAUCCUGUGCACUUCCAGCCGGCGAGAGGUUCUAGAGGAAAUGGAAAUGUUACCGGCCUUCACCUCAGUGUUACAUGUCUCCAAUUUGUCCAGUCCCGAUCAUGUGCUUGCCGUCCUCGAUCAUUCGGAUCUGUUUAGUCCCGACGAGAUACAGAAUAUUGCCCGAAAUAUGGCCGGUAAACGCGUCUGCAUUGGCAUUAAGAAACUGCUUGCCCUCAUCGAUAUGGCCAGACAAUCGGAACCACAUUAUCGUGUUAUCAAGUUCCUGACCAAAAUGGAAGAGGAGGGCGGUCUAGAUUUGGUGGCGCGUACACACUAGCUACCGCUUAUGACUGAACUGAGAUUAUCAGUCGUAGAGCUCAACGAUGCUUUCUAAAUGGAAAAUGCAAAAUGCACUUGCCCCCUCAAUCUAUAUCUCUAUCUUAGCUCAAAUAUAGUCAGACAGUCAGUCAGUCAGUUUGUGUCUGGGAUAUUUGGAGUAACCCUGCAAUAAUGGAGUAGUGAACAUUCCAACUAACUAACUCGUUUAAUAUGUCUCUGUCCAAAUUAAAACACACACAAAUAAUCGCCAGCUUUAGACAUCUAGACGAUUAUUAAUUGAUAAUGAUAAUUUUAUUACUAAUCUGCUUACUUAUUAUUCUUUAUUUGGUAUUGUGCAUUAAUGUUGUUUAAGAUUCUCCUCUUUGUUAAGCGCCAAAACUCAAUUGUAACUGAAGAUUUGCUUGCGAUUAUAUAAGGUUUAACGUUAAAUCGAAAAAUUUUGCUCUCGAUAUUAAGUUCAAAAGUGUGAAAUAACCCAACGAAAACAAAAACAAAAAACAAAAAUAAAACAAUGAAUCACCUUAAAAACAUAUACAUAUGUGUGUGUAUAUGCGACUAAUCUAUUAAGGUUGCAUAUGGAUUAUGUGACCUUUAUAGACUUUAUACAGAACUUUAUUUCUAAACAAAUUUGUACAACAAUUUACAAAAGUUCAGUGGCACAAUAUAGAAAUAAUAAUAACGAUACAAUAUA